CUUGCAACAGAUUGGAUGUCUUCAAUUCAUUUCUUUUUUUGUGUGAUUGACUUUGGAUUGGUUUGAUCUGUUGAAGGCCAUGAGGACAUCUUAUACUUGAGAACCAGUCCAGACCAUUUCCACCUCUUUAAAACAGUACAAAUAAAAGUUGCAUGAUUUCACAGUUACCUACACAAAUCAUGAACACACAAGUUAACUUACUUGGUUGAAUGUACCUGACAGUCAGGAUGGUCUAAAGCAUUUCUAACAUGAGGCUUCCAGCUAGGCUCUCCAAUAGAUUUGCUUCCAAAUUCAUUUUCGAAAUAUGCUCUUUGGAAUGGUCGCUCCAAAUCACAUUCACUCCUAUGCUUUGGGAGCAUCAAGAUCACAGAAACUAAGAACUUUUCUAGAAUCAGAAGUAGUCAAAGUUCUAUUAUUUCAUAACAAUUCUGCAAAUUAUUACGAUUUUCAAUUCCUAACUGUUUCGAUUUAAAUUGGAUGAUCUCAUUAAAGUAUUAGAGAAUUCAAUUAUACACAUUAAGCAAUUACACUAGUAUAUAUAGUAUCAGAUUAAAAGGCUAUUGCGUCCAUGGUUACGUAAAUCAUACCAGGUUGUCAGUGGGAAUAUUUCCAAUAAAUUCAAAUAUAUUUCAUACAAAAAACAAUCCACUAGAUGUACAAGCUUUGGCUCGAAUAUCAAACCACGUUUAUACGUUUACUCCUAUCUUCUUUGUUCUAAUUGUUCCACACGACAGGGAUUCGACUUUUCUUUCCGCACGUGCAAUUCUUAAGAAGCAACCUCGUGUUUUGGAAUGCCAAACUCUUUCUGCUUCUAUUGUAACCAUAGAAACACUCGUGAUCACGGGAAGUGAGAAAUAAUAACAGUUCAUCGCGCUUUCUAUACACUGACGCGAGUCGGUCACUUUAGCUUGAGAUUGUCCGCAUAGACCCGCAAGAUGGCUGCAAGAUCAUUGAUAGUGAAGACUAGUGGAAAAUGUCAGUAUUGAAUCACGAUGCAUCAUUUAUACUCGAACAUUUUGUGUGAUCUUCCUCGUCUAAAGUAAGUAAAGUCAUUUUUAGAUUCUCUGACCGCGUUUCAUGAGAUUUUUGUAUUUGUAGCAAAAUAAUAUUCUAAUUGGGUUCUAUUUUCGUAUACGUUUCUGCUUUCGUCACAAGUUGUCCAUUUCACUUGUCAAUUUCACUCAGAUUUUGCAUGCGCACGCAUCCUCAACAACAAAAGUCAUUUCCCCAGAGGGAAAUAUGGGGGCAUUUAAACUAUGGUUUAUAAAUCACUUUGAAAUUUCCGUUUCACAGAUUACGUGUCGAUUGUAUGGCUUGCGAAUGUUUUAGGUUCCGUUUAUUGUUUAACUUCUGAUGCCUUUCACACAGGAAUAUUCGAGGCGAGAUGGCACAAGCAGGGCCUUCGAAUGGACUAACAUCAAAACGUAAAUCUACCACAUCGAACGCGGAAUUUAGUCGAGCAAAAUUACCACGACGUGACUGUAGCGUUAAACGAUGUUCUUUAAAACGCGCUGGCUAUUUUCUGUUAGGACCAAGGCUUGGCAAUUCUCCUGUUCGAAGUAUAGUGCAAUGUUUGGCAAAACGAGACGGUACUGAUGACUUUUAUUGCUUAAAAAUGUUAACAGUCGAAGAGCCGGGUCGUGAAACACAGGACGAUAAACAAGGCAAAAUGUUGUUGCAUACAGAAUAUUCAUUACUUUCAUUGCUACAUAAUCAAGACGGAGUCGUGCAUCAUCAUGGCUUAUUUCAAGACGAAUUCACAGAGGAAAUUUCCGAUCGUGAUUCGAGUGCUGGUAGAACUGAAAGGGUUAGAAAACGAGUGUGUCUCAUUCUAGACUGUUUAUGCCCUCAUGAAUUCAGCGACACCACGGCCGACUUGAUUAAUCUACAACAUUAUGUGAUCAGAGAGAAAAAAUUGAACGAAAAGGAAGCCAUUUUAAUAUUCUCAGAUAUUGUUCGUGUUGUGGAGAGCUUACAUUCGGUUAGUAUGUUUAUCCCUUCCAUUUGUCCGGACAUUUUUACAUACCCCAUUGCGUGAUUUACUACAGGUCUAGCCACUAGUGUAUUUUCUUGGGGCUCAUCACUCAUCACAUGCCAGAGAACCGUUUUACCACUUGACUUUGACACUUAUGCCAUCAUCUUGGUAGAUUUUUGUAAAAAAUAAAGGUUUUAAUUCCUUUCGUAAACAAUGAUUGCUUUUGCAAUUUCUUAUUUGCAUGUCUGGUGGAGGGAUUUUUUAAGGAUCAAAAGCUUUGAUCAUGCACACGUUCAUCCAUAGUAUUGGAUUUAUACACAGGCUUUAUAUCAUAGUGAAUCACCAAUAAACCAGCUUGUAGUCAAUGCUCAAUUGUCAAUGCCAUCAAAAUAUACUGACAAAAAGGUCAUAUAUCUUGCUGUAGCCCCUUUCAUGAGUGACCUUUGAUCAGUUUUCACUUCAUAAAACACUCACUUACCUCAUACAUUGAAGAGGGUCUACUUCCCCUUGCCAUUCUGCAUCCUGGUACAUAGAAUCGUAUCACAUUUAGACUUGCUAAAUCACCGUUGUUGAACUUCCGGAAUGAUGUUGGUCUAACCCUUUUCGGUACAAUUUGUAUGCAUGGGAAAGUGUUGAUACUUAUGGAUUACGCCUAAACAGAUCGGCUCAUGGAAAUGCAUGUUACUCCUUUUAUUUUUUCCAGAAAAAUAUUGUACACAGAGAUCUAAAGUUGGGAAAUAUUGUAUUAAAUAGAAGGUAUGCUUUAUGCAAUUUUAAAUGCAAGUGUAAACAUUUCUUGAAAUUGUUAUUGAGUUGCAAUUUUGGAAAUUUGUCUUGUCCUAAUUAUUAUAUAUCUCUCUUUUCAUGUAGUACUAAGAAGAUUACAAUUACAAACUUUUGCUUGGGAAAACAUCUCAUUCGGGAAGAUGACUUGCUGAAGGACCAACGAGGAAGUCCGGCAUACAUUAGUCCGGAUGUCCUGAGUGGUAUGUAAAGAAUUCAGUUGUUUUUCAUUAAUUUGUCUGCGGUUCUCCCCCAGAGGAUUUUGAUAUUUUUGAAGCUCAAUGACUGCAUUUCUGGCACAAAAGAAUUCAGCCAAAAAUGCCCAAAAUGACUGUUGUCGUACACGAAAUUUGAGCUAUACAGAGGCUCGUUUAAAUCAAGUUCCUUCAAGUAAUUUUACUUUUUAUAUUAACUUCGCCCUCCUCCUGGCCAAAUUUUUUUCAGAGGUCUUUGCGAAAAAUAUGAGGUGACACGCACGUUAACAGCAAAUUGGAACAACACUGGAAUCAUAUAAACUUAAUUUCCAUACAUUCAUGAACUUUUCAGAAAGAUCAAGGCUGCUGAAUUCACCAUACCUAGGUAAGGAACAUAUUGAAACUUAAUGAUUAUAAAUGUGUUUAGAUGGUGAGUUUUUUCACACCAUGUAUAUUCAGUUAUUAUCUUCAACAGGCUACAUUUUUGUCAAAACAAGACAUCAAGAAUGCCAGUCCGUACAGUUUCACAUUUGUAAUCUUAUUAAGCCUAACUGGCAAAACCAUUGUUAAGCUUUUUAUGGCUCUGGUAUUUGAUAAAUUGCUGGCCAGCACUUUGUAGAAAUUGACAUAGUCAUAUAAACAUUUUGUGUUCAAUAUUUCUCUAGUGACGGUCGUGUGACGAGUUCAACAACGAAAUUGAUUCAAACAUUGUUAGUGUUGGAUCCAAAGAAAAGGCUGACUGCUUCACAAGUUCUUUCUGUUCUGAGUGAAACCAUGACAAAAUGGUGAGUCGUGUUUACAUCUCCAAUACCUAGGAUUAUAUUGGCAUUGAGAUGAUUAGUGCAAGGGAAUAUGCUUCCAUUUUUAUGCAUUGAUCCUUCCAAAUGAUGUUUGUAGUGGGACUGUAGGUGGCACUGUCAUUAGAACAUCUGAAACAUGCAGAGGUGGAUCUAUGGGGGGGGGGGGGUGCAGAGGGUACCCACCUCCCUCCGGAAAACCUCCACCCCACCUCAUCUUUGGAAGUUUUCCAACUUCCAAUAGAUUCUUAAAUAUGUUUGUCCCAGCUUGUAUUCUAAAUUUUAGCUAAAUUUUUGACAUUUCUAUGUAUAUAUAGAAUUAGCCACUAAAUUUUUGUAAUUUUAGCAACACGCAAUUCAGUUCUGUAAACUGCAAAGUGUUUUUUUUUAGUAAAGACUAUCUAUCUAUCUAACAAGCGAGACCAGAUCCUCACCUGAGUCUUGAAAAUAUAACAAUGAAAAUGUUUGAAUAGUUGUAAUUUGCUGUAAGUUCCUAAUUGUUCAUGUCAAUCCUCAGGUAUCUCUCACGUACCAUGCUAUCCCCAGCACAUGUUGUACCAGAUAUUGACGACCACGCUGAGGAUGAUGGGAGUGAGGAAAACAAAGAAGAACGACAGAAAGAUUUUGAGCGGAAGUUAAAUAACCUGGAAGGAGAUUUUAUGAAAAGGGAUCAAGGGUACUAUGUCCCGAGAAUUGGCAACUUACCCACUGUGAGAAGGCUGGGGUAUGAUGCUAGAAAAUUAACACCAAGUGAAUUGCUCACUAAACGACACUUGUUUUAAUGGUCAAUUAUCUUAAUAUUGAGUGAAGUUUGGCUGGUUUACCAUUAGUUGAUCAUUGUUGAUUAGAACUAAAAACUUGUAGGAGAAUAGAUGCUGGUUCAUCAAUAGUAUUUAGAUAGUAGACCUAGUGCCAUUAUUAUUUGCUGAUCUUAGUAAUACAAUGUAGACAGUUUUAGUGUUCAUAUUGAGUUCUUAAAAAUGUUAUUUUUGUACUGGAGGGUAUAAAAUUGUUCCAACUGUGGAACAGUUGUGUUCAGGCCAGGCCAACUAGCAAACAUUGUUUGGAAACAUUUUAGAAUUUUAGUGUCUCCAAGAAUAUUUUGUGUUUUAUUUUCAAAAACAAAGUUAAUGUUUCCAUCAGUUUCAUUAGUUUGUGGACCAUGGAAAAAAACUAAAAAAAUUUUGGUUUUCCAAGUUUCCAAUCUCUGCUAAUAUGCUACAUAUGUUUCUUUAAACCGAUGUUUUCUAAUUUGCUCAUGUUGGGGAAUAUUUUUAUGUAUAUGUAUUGUCAAUAUGUAUAGUUACCAGAAAAUUGGUGAUCACAGAAUCUUGUACAGGAACAUAAAUAAUAUAUUUAACAUUGUAUUGAUGUAAUAAAGAUAUGUAUAUAUAAACUAUGUUUUUGUUGUCUUCCAAGCCCGAGGCAAAUCAAAUAGACCCUUCCGGUAAUUACGUCACGACUACUUUUUUCAACUUAGGGAGCGCUCAUUAUUUAUGGUGAGGGGUUGCACCGAAGAGAAAUGUCUUUCGUGGGGAAAAUUUUGCUGACCCAACCAUUAAAAAGUCAAACAUUUGAUUGCCCAACCUUGAAAAUCAAUUAAAAAAUAAAUACCCACCCCUGGCCAAAACUUUACAAAAGGAUACCAUUCAGUUGUCACACAUGUCCUUUACCACUUCUGUGACAUGAGUUUGAUAACGGCUUGUGAAAUUUCCUGCAGUCUAAAGAUUCAUAUUGUCUGCACAUGUAGUUUCUUUGGAGACAUCAUUUGUCUCCUGACAAAUCGGAAAAUAUCAAGAUAGUGAUUCUGAUAGAUUCACAUAUUGUAUUGACACACGACUGUUGACAUUGCUUUUUAGUCUUCAAUAUUUUAGUAAGUCAUGCUUUGGAAUUGACAACAUUUUUUUCUUACCCAACCCUUGAGUUGUUUUGUUUUUCAUUUACCCAACCUUUUACUAACUCAAAAUUUUGUUUACCCAACCAUUUUCUCUUCGGUGCAACCCCCUGCCAUAAAUAGUGACCGCUCCCUUAGGACCACCUUAAAUGGAAUGGAUUUUAAGUUUGUUUCUCACGGGCUGUGGUCAGAGGAGCAGAACAUCUUUCUUCGACACAUGCAUAAAAAAGAAUUUUGGAUUUUGACUAUUAAAUGUGAAAAUAACCUAAAACAAGAGGUGCCAUGGCCCCUCAGCCUCGUUUUCGUGUUUAAGAUUAUUUUCACAUUUAAUAGUCAGAAUCCAAAAUUCUUUUUUAUGCAUGUGUUGACGAAGGAUGUUCUGCUUCUCUGACUAUAGCCCAUGAGAAACAAACUUGAAAUCUAUUCCAUUUAAGGUGGUCCUAAGUUGAAAACAGUGUAGUUGUGACGUAAUUCCACAUUUAUUGGAGGGCCCCAUCGAAAAACUCCUUGGAGAUAUG